UCUUUGAAAAAUGAAGAGAAAUCUGCCAAAACUGAUGUUCAGAAGCUUCUGGAAAUAGGUCAGAAACAGAGAGAACAAAUGAAGUCCCUCCAGGAGGCCCUGCAAAAUCAACUUAAAGAAACAUCUGAGAAGGCAGAAAAGCAACAGGCUACUAUUAAUUUUUUAAAGACUGAAGUGGAAAGAAAGAGCAAAAUGAUCCGAGAUCUUCAGAAUGAGAAUAAAAGCUUGAAAAACAAACUCCUGUCAGGAAAUAAGCUGUGUGGCAUCCGUGCAGAAGAGUCAAAAAAAAUCCAAGCCCAGCUGAAGGAGCUUCGUUAUGGGAAGAAGGAUUUGUUAUCUAAGGCCCAACAGCUUACUGAUCUGGAACAAAAAUUAGCUGUGGCCAGAAAUGCACUGGAGAAAGCAGCUCUUGACCGGGAGUCACAACUGAAAGCAAUGAAACAGACCGUACAACUCUGCCUGUCAUCUGUUUUCCGUGAUCAACCACCCCCUUUGAGUCUAAUCACGUCAAAUCCAACUCAGAUGUCAGUUCCACCCAGUACCUCUGACAUCAAGAUUCUAGAUGCAAGGACAAAAAGCAAGCCUGAACAAAGCGCUCCUGGAAGCAGUGAGAACUCUCAAGUUGUUACAACAAAGGAGGAAAAUCUGAAUGCCCCUGAGUGCAAUUCUGAAAAUGAGGACAGGACAUGUUUAAUGAAGCAUAAAGAAAAUCCCCCAAGCAAUGGCGCUGCAGAACCAGAGCCUACCCCACAGAAGCUGCAAAUGCCUCCUUGUGCCGGAUGUGAAGAGAAAAAAACCCAGGAAGAAAAAUUCACCAGCUUUGAAGAAAGGGUGACUAAAGAAGAAAAAAUACUGUAGAUACCAAGAAACUGUGUUAAAAACAUCCAUUUGCUAUUGUCUCCAUACCCUUUUUAGACCACAGGCUCGAUGGAAAUACUAAGUUUUUAAAUCAUGUGUUGUUUUUUCACAAUUUUAUGUACUUUAUAAAGUAGUCUUCAAAUUUUCCAAAAGAUUCCAGGCCAGUUAUGAUCCUCAAGCAAUAACCUAAUUAAAAUGAACAUCCUCAGUCAUAAGUAGUCAUUGUCAUCAGUAAAUUACCCAAUAUUAAUUGGCCUGUUUUGAACUCAAAUGCAAUAUAGCACUUAAUUCUUACGAUUCAUUUGGGUAUCUAGGACUUCUAUGACCUAGUAUGUAAAAGCAGCUGGAGGAUGAUAUAUUGUUUUGCACCCUCAGCAUUCUCAGAAUCCAAACUGCAAUCAUAUCAUAAAGAAUUUGGUGUCUUGAGAGUGUUUAUUUCUAGUCUUAUUAUGUUGAACCAUGGCUAACCAAUAUAUCAAGGCAACUCUGUCAGGGAUUUAAUCACUUAACAGAAUUCAUGAAAUGUGUUUGGUAUAAUACAGAGAGAAUACCUAAAUGAAGGAAUAAAUUUGUGACACAACUGAUUAGACUUUUUGGCAUUCUAUAGGCACAUCCCUAUGGUUGUCUGUGGGAACUACUCCAAGUUAGAAAUCAAGUUGUUUGAAAUUCUUGGCAUGAUUUUUUAUAUGAAAUUUGGGUAGUGGAAUGUGGGAUGGGAAGGGGGUUCUAAAAUACAAAUUUGCAAGCAGAUAAUAUACAUUUAAAAGUGGGAAUUUGAUGAAAGUAAAAUAGCCAUGUAGAGCCAGUGAACCCAGAUUCGUAUACGUUGAAAACAAAUGUAUUAUUAAAACAAAUCAAUGGCUUUGAUGCUCUUCAAAGUUAGGGCUCUAUAUAGGACUAUCACUGAUCCAAUCAGUUCACUCCUGAAUAAUGUGAACAUAGCUCACAAGCAAGAGAAAUUGACAUUGAAAUAAUUAUCUGAUUGAUAGGGUGGACAUAGCAUCAAACUUACAGACUAAAAUUGGCAAAAUGAUCAAUUGUAGUUUGUCUGUGUGGAAUAUAUAAAGACCCAUUUGCAGAAAGCAUAUAAGAGUAUGGGUUUAUACAAUGGAUAUACCAAGCAUUGGAUUACUAAAUCUUGGUAGGCUAUGUUAGAAAUAAUUAUAUAUAAAAUUAAGUUGAAAUUAAAUUCUUGGAUAUAAUGCCACACUUUGAUCACAAUGACAUAUUCAAAGAAAUGAAGCGAUUUGGAGAAAUAGCAAACUAUCAUUAACAGUAAAAGUAAUAUUGUAGCUAUUGUACUUACAGAAUAAUUCAGUAUCACUUAUCAGUAUUUUUCAGAUUACAGGCUACCUAAGAAAGAAAGAGAAUUGAUUUUAUAGAUGAUCCAUAGAGUUUUCUGAUGAAGUGACCACGACAGAAGAGAAGAUCAAGGUCCAAAGUUUCAGCUGACUUCUUGCUCUAAAAAUUUAAUUCUAUGAGAUGGAAUAUGCUAGCUUCUUGAGUCCUGUUCCUUCUAAUUGUCCCACUCUACCCAUAAACCCUAACCAUCUUCAAAGGUUUGUGAAAGAGAAGUAGAUAAUUUAGUUUUAAUUUAGGUUCACUUCCCUAAUCCCACCCUGUGCCCCAACUUCACUCCUAGACUCUAUGGAUCCUAUGGAAAGUUAAUGACUCAUUUCACCUUAGCAUAGUAUGUUAUGAGGCAUCUUUGGAACUAAUAAAAAGAAAACCAAGCUGAUGUUUUCUGAAAUUUUUAUAGCAUAUCAUGAUGAGAGGUGAAAAUUUGGCUUAAUAUUAAUCCAAUUUGAACAGCUUAUUUGUAAAUCAUUUUUUUCUAUGCUCUAAAUUCCUGUUCUACAUAUUGAUGAUAAAAAUCAAAUUGUUUCUCUAAAUUACUGUCAUGUCGCGUGGGCUUUGAAUGAAUAAAAUAUCCAUACUUUUUCUUUAAUGAUAGAUAGCAUUAUGUGUCCAGCAGACUUUACUGUGGUAUAGUCAUUGAAUUAUUUGUUUCAGAAUAGAAGGAAUUUGUAAGCAGAAGAGCUUUAUAAAUAUUUUUAAAUAAAUAUUCUUGAGAGUUCCUUUUAAUAGUUAAAUAUGGAAUACUUUUUUAGUAUGCUCUAUGACUUUACUGUAAUGAAUGCAUUGUAUUUCUCCCAGUCCUUUAAUUACUUUAAAAUAGCAUCAGAGAGGUUUAAAAUGCUUUACUUACACAUGUGGCUUCUGUCUGUAAGAGAGGUGCCAUUUCUCAUGUCUUUUAAUUAACAGCUCUGUAAAAUGAUGGUUGUUUUUGAGAAGUUAAAUUCAUAGCCUAACUAUCCUCAUAUGGAAGAAAAUAUUAACCUGAAUGUUGAAUAUAGAUAGUAUGAAUUCUGUUACGUACCUGUAAUGGUUAGCAGUGAAAGAUUUCUUAUGUUUUGCAGAAUAUGAAUUGACUUCUAUUGAGAAACAAACAUACUUUCUGAUGGAAUAACAAUAUAGAGAUUAUCAGAACUACAAUUGCUUUCUCUCUAGUUAUUUUAAAAUGCUAAUCUGCUAUAUAUUCAUUCUAAAUUACAAAUUUGUUUUGAUGUUGUGUUUCCUCUUAUAUCCAUGAGCUAUGUAAACUGAACUAGUGCCUAAAGCAUAUCAGGCCUAAAUGAAUGCUGACUGUGUCUAUCCAAUGCCAACAUUCUCAGAAGAAAAGUGAAAGAUUCAGUAACUCAUCUGGAUGUGAUUUUCUGUUGAUCUCAAAUCUCUGAAUACUGAAUAUAUUAGAUGGCUAACUUUUUUCUUUCCAUUCUUUAAUCAUAUAUUUAGCAUUGUAGUGCUAUUUCAGACAUAAUUCUGUUUCAUAAAAUAUACUGGAUUACAAGUCUAAGACAGUUAUAUGUGAAGGAGACAUUUACUCUUUUAGAUUGACAAUGUGGGUUAGGUGGAUUAAAACAGUAUCUGUGAACUUUGAAUAAUGGAAUCUUUUAUUUUUAUAGCUGGGGUCUGUAAUUAGCACUAAUUGCAGCAGAGGCUGAAAUAUUAUUGACACCAUACAGUAGGGUGAGCUGGCCAGACCUAGAGAGUGAUGAAAACAUGUGCUUGUUUACUUUGGGGAUGUUUCUGUCAUGUGUACAGUCUUAAACUUUCCCAAACUACUUGUUCAUCUGGAUUAUGUGUUGCAGAUUAAUGGCCAAUGGUGAGGGAUAAAAGGUACUGGAAGAUGGCCUAUUUUUCCUCAAUAAAGAUUUGUUACCAAA